GGGGAGGGGAAGGAGGAGAAAGAGCGAGGACGCGCGUGCGCACUGGCGCGGGGAGGAGCGGGGGACCUGGCAGCGGGCAAGAAGGCUGCGAGCGAGCCGCGAACCCGGCGGGCGCAGGGCGGCGAGCGCGCGCACCAUGGGGGAAAAACCUGGGACCAGGGUCUUCAAGAAGUCGAGCCCUAACUGCAAGCUCACCGUGUACUUGGGCAAGCGCGACUUUGUAGAUCACCUGGACAAGGUGGAUCCUGUGGAUGGUGUGGUGCUUGUGGAUCCUGACUACUUGAAGGACCGCAAAGUGUUUGUGACCCUCACCUGCGCCUUCCGCUAUGGCCGAGAAGACCUGGAUGUACUGGGCCUGUCUUUCCGCAAAGAUCUGUUCAUCGCUACGUACCAAGCCUUCCCCCCCAUGCCCAACCCACCCCGGCCCCCCACCCGGCUACAGGACCGACUGCUGAAGAAGCUGGGCCAGCAUGCCCAUCCCUUUUUCUUCACAAUACCCCAGAAUUUACCCUGCUCCGUCACCCUGCAACCAGGACCAGAGGACACAGGGAAGGCCUGCGGAGUCGACUUUGAGAUCCGUGCCUUUUGUGCCAAAUCACUGGAAGAAAAAAGCCACAAAAGGAAUUCUGUGCGGCUCAUCAUCAGAAAGGUGCAGUUCGCUCCAGAGACGCCCGGCCCCCAGCCCUCAGCUGAAACCACACGCCACUUCCUCAUGUCUGACAGGAGGUCCCUGCACCUAGAGGCUUCCCUGGACAAAGAGCUGUACUACCACGGAGAGCCACUCAAUGUCAACGUCCAUGUCACCAACAACUCCGCCAAGACUGUCAAGAAGAUCAGAGUCUCUGUGAGACAGUAUGCCGACAUUUGCCUCUUCAGCACCGCGCAGUACAAGUGCCCUGUGGCUCAGCUUGAGCAAGAUGACCAGGUGUCUCCCAGUUCCACAUUCUGCAAGGUGUACACCAUCACCCCGCUGCUCAGUGACAACCGGGAGAAGCGAGGCCUCGCCCUGGACGGGCAGCUCAAGCAUGAAGACACCAACUUGGCUUCCAGCACCAUAGUGAAGGAGGGAGCCAACAAGGAGGUACUGGGGAUCCUGGUGUCCUACAGAGUGAAGGUGAAGCUGGUGGUGUCUCGAGGCGGGGAUGUCUCCGUGGAGCUGCCUUUUGUUCUCAUGCACCCCAAGCCCCAUGACCAUAUCACCCUUCCCAGACCCCAGUCAGUGCCCCGGGAAACAGAUGUCCCCGUGGAUACUAACCUCAUCGAGUUUGAUACCAACUACGCCACAGACGAUGACAUUGUGUUCGAGGACUUUGCCCGGCUUCGGCUGAAGGGGAUGAAGGAUGACGACUGUGAUGAGCAAUUCUGCUAGGAAAAGGGGCUGGGAGAGGCAGUGGCAGGACCAAGGCCCCACUGGCAGCCUCUCCUCCGCCCCCAUCCACCCAGGAUUCGCACUGGACCCAUGACUUGUUGAAAGCGGGCAUUAAUCUUCUGCCUUUGGCGCUGCUGCCCUGGCCCUGUCCCCUAGGGUGGCAGGCUGUGUGCACACCUAAAGUUUUGGGAAGGAAACACUGAAAAUAAGGAGUAAUCGUAGAGAAAAGUAGUAGAAAGAACUCCCACAUUUCGCCUCGUAUCAACCCGCCCCCCAAGUCACCACUUCUGCCUCCCAGUCCUUGAAGAUGAGACUUUGCCGGGGGAGAGGGCGAGGCCGUUUCUUUGUUUCUGAGCACAGGGAAGAAAUAAACCUUUGAAUAGGC